CGCUGAGAAAGUUUAUGGGGAAAGUUGAGCAGAGUGAGGAGCUGGGCGGUGGCUGGGGCAGGCGAGAGGGCCAGACCUGAUUUCCCAGCGGCUCCUCAGGUGGCCUGACGCUGACAGAGGCAAAAAUCUGCUAACUCAGGGGGCAGACUCAACCAGGGCUGCGAGCAGGCCUGGGGAAUGACCCCCCGAUCUCGAACCGGCGCCUUCCACGGCUGCACGGCAGUCUCAAGCUGUCUCCGCCUCUGUGCCUGGCCUUUGCCCUGUCCCUCUGUAGAGUCACCCUUCCCUGUGCCACAUGGGCCCUCUGUCUUCUACCAGGACCAUGCGCCGCUGGGGGCCUCGGAGCCUGGGGGUGGCUCUGGGAGUCCUCAUGACCAUCGGAUUUGCCCUCCAACUCUGGGGGGGCCCCUUCCAGAGGAGGCUACCAGGGCUGCAGCUCCAACAGCCCUGGGCCCCAUCCCCAGGACCAGCUGUUCCGUCCUGCCCACCUCGGCAGCGACUUGUGUUCCUGAAGACGCAUAAAUCCGGGAGCAGCUCUGUGCUGAGCCUGCUUCAUCGCUACGGGGACCGACACGGGCUGCGCUUCGCCCUCCCAGCCCGCUACCAGUUCGGCUACCCAAGGCUUUUCCAGGCCUCUCGAGUCAAAGGCUACCGCCCUCAGGGUGGAGGCACCCAGCCCCCCUUCCACAUCCUCUGUCAUCACAUGAGGUUCAACCUGAAAGAGGUACUUCAGGUCAUGCCUUCCGACAGCUUCUUCUUUUCCAUUGUCCGAGACCCAGCGGCUCUGGCCCGUUCUGCCUUUUCCUACUAUAAAUCCACCUCAUCAGCCUUCCGCAAAGCGCCAUCCCUGGCUGCCUUCCUGGCCAAUCCUCGAGCCUUCUACCGGCCUGGGGCCCGCGGGGACCACUAUGCGCGCAACUUGCUAUGGUUUGACUUUGGCCUCCCCUUUCCCCCAGAGAUGAGGACCAAGAGAGGGAAUCCUCAACCCCUCAAGGACCCCAACCCCCCACAGCUGCGUGUCCUGCCUUCGGGCACUGACCUUCGAGCCCACACCCAGGAUCCCAAUGCUCUUUUCCGUCCUGCUCCCACUGUUGCUGAUAGUCACAGCCAGAUGUCCAGCCCUGCCUCUUUAGAUUUGGGGUCCUCAUCCUUCAUCCAGUGGAAUCUGGCCUGGCUGGACUCUGUCUUUGACUUGGUCUUGGUGGCUGAGUACUUUGAUGAGUCAUUGGUUCUGCUGGCAGACGCCCUGUGCUGGGGUCUGGAUGACGUGGUGGGUUUCAUGCACAAUGCCCAGGCUGGAGGUGAGCAGGGCGGAAACGCUGUCAGCAAUGGUGGACUGACUGCCGAGGAUAGGCAGCUGACCGCUCGGGCCCGAGCCUGGAACAACCUGGACUGGGCUCUCUAUGUUCACUUCAACCACAGUCUCUGGGCACGGAUAAAACAAUACGGCCAGAGCCGGCUGGAGAAUGCUGUGGCAGAGCUCCGGGCUCGCCGAGAGGCCCUGGCUAAACAUUGUCUGGUGGGGGGUGAGGCUUUGGAUCCCAAAUACAUCACUGACCGUCGGUUCCGCCCUUUCCAGUUUGGGUCAGGGAAGGUUUUGGGCUAUGUACUUCGGAGUGGACUGAGCCUCCAAGACCAGGAGGAGUGUGAGCGCCUGGCUACCCCUGAGCUACAGUACAAGGACAAGCUAGAUGCUAAGCAGUUCCCCCCAACAGUCUCUCUGCCCCUCAAAACUCCAAGGCCACUCUCCCCAUAGGCAUCAGGGUACUAAGUCCUAGGCUGAAGAGCAGCUAAGCUAGAAGGGCACACGUGAGGAGUGUGAGACAGCCACAUGCGUUUCUGCUGCCCUCAGAAAGCGUGUCUGCUCCCUAGACAACGAAUGGAGCUUUUACACGGAUGUGGUCCACAAGUCCUCCAGCCCGUGCCAAGGAAUCCCAGUCUUUUCCUCUCCUAGCAGUGUCCCCUCCUCCCCUCCCAUUUUGCCCCUUCCCCUGUCCAGCCCCACAGCAGGUCCCUGUAGCACUCUCAAACGCCCCCUGGAGGAGCAAACCACGGAGUAAACCAGAGAAAGUUUGGGACAUGGUGGAUUGGCAUAACGCGUCCAUUUCUCUAUGAAAUAUUUGUUACUGGACUAUGCUCAUCUCACUAAGAAAUGUUUGUUGAAUGAAUAAAUAAUUUUAAACUUC